AUGCUUAACGAGCCUUGGGGGGUGGCAGUGAAUGAUCAUGAUGUAAUUGUUGUGACUGAAAUCUUGAAUCACAGGGUUUCAGUCUUCCGUAGUGACGGUACCUACUUAAGAUCGUUUGGUAAAAAAGGUAAGAAUAAUGGUGAGUUUGCUGAACCUUCUGGGAUCACUUUUGAUAGUCUUGGCAAUAUUGUAGUGGCAGACUGUGAAAACCAUAGGGUUCAAGUCUUUGAUAGAAAAGGUAAGUUUCUUCGUACGUUUGGCCAAAAUGGAAUUCUUGAUCACCAACUUAAAAGACCUGAAGGUUUAUCAAUAAACGGCAACGGUGAUAUUAUUGUUACUGAUAAAGGUAACAAAUUAAUCAAGAUAUUCUCUUCUAGUGGCGAGUAUUUACGUAAAAUUGGUGGAGUAGGUUCUUUGGUCAAUCCAUAUCACUGUAUCCAACACGGGCAAUAUCUUAUAGUCACAGACUAUGGUGAUGAUUCCAUUAAAAUGUUUGAUCUUGAAGGAAAGUUUAUUUCUAAAUUUGGAAAACGGGGAAACAAGGAUGGAGAGUUCAAUAAGCCCCAUUACUUGUCAGUUAACAAAGAAGGAUUGUUAAUGGUCUGUGAUGAAAGUAAUCACAGAGUUCAGGUUUUUGAACUGACGAGUGGAAAGUUUGUUACAAAGUUUGGAAGUGAAGGUAGUGGGAGAGGAGAGUUUAUUUUUCCGGUUUCUACAGCAAGUCUUAGUGAUGGUAGGAUAGUUGUGAGUGAUAGGAAUAACUAUCGAAUCCAGAUAUUUGACCAAAUAUGAUAUGAUCUUAUUCUUAGAAAUGCAUUAUUCCUUAAAAGUGUGAUCUACUAUUGAUCUACAAUUACUCAUAUUGUCGGAAGAAAAACAUUUUUGACGUAGUUUAGUUUCUUGAUCUACUUUGCCUAACACAGUAAAAACCCACGGCUAAAAAUCUGGUUUUUAAGAACCUGUUAGGCUAAAAUUUGACACUUACGCCGCCUCUAUACAAGAACCCGUUAUACGUAAAAUUUGAAACAGGUUCUUUGGCUAAAAUCUAUAACAAAAGUUCUGAACACUUGGGCAAAUAAGAUAACUCAACAUUCAGGAUUCUCUUGCGUUGGAGACAUUGGGUGCCUUAUCACUCGACAUGCAAUUGUAAUGGUAUUUACAGUCUUACCAAAGGAACAAGCCGAAUACCACUAAAUACUCUUAGCUAUAUUGUAUUUUUUAGAAAAUAAAAUCCUAUUUAUAAACCUAAAUAGUCUAAAUUUGUGUUAAUUACCAUUUAUGUAAGAACCUGUUUAGGCUAACUUGGGUCGGAAAAUGCAGGUUCUUCGGGCAGGUGUUUACUGUAGGAUACAUCGCUUGUUGUUGCUGUUUUCCCUUAGCUGACCUUACUCAUAUUAUUAUGUAAAAACCCAACUUGAAAUUGCGGGUCAGUGGCCCGUUUCUCGAAAGUCCCGAGAAUGUUUCGGACCUCAAAAGCUGUUUUAUGCUUAAUGUGUUUGCAUUUAAGAUCAAAGUGUCAAUAACUUUGAAGAUGAUACAAUGAAAGUAUCAGUUAACAAAGCAAAAUUGACCGGUUUGUGAGCUCGGACAGAACUGUGCUGUUAUAAAUUCAACAGGUUUUGAUUUCGGACCCAAAAGUUACCGGGCCUUUUGAGAAACGGGCCGCAAGUGUGUUCAAUAGGUAUGAUAUAUUUUACAGGAGGGUUAUUAUUUUUAAUACAUUUUAACUUGUUCAAUAGCAAAACCAGCCUCUGGUUUACAUUUUUGUACUAAACUGCUCAGACUGAAAAAGAGCAAAGUUGCAGGCUUUUUUACCUACUUUUCUAGUAAUAUUUAAUGGUACAAAAGAGCGCAAAGUUUCUCCGAUGCGUUUUAGUGUGUAUCAUUUUUUCCUCUACUUAUUAAACAAUGGACCAUGCAGUGUAUUUGUUUUUGUAGUUUCUUGUAUAAUGUGUGCCAAUAUGUAGAACAUUAGACGGCGAACAAUCGCUUAAUUUUUUCCAGAGAAUCAGUAGGAUACAAGCGGCGAGGUGCAAGUCCUGAGACGGGAGAAUCGAGUGAGAUCAGUCGUCUCGGCCGAUGUUUUCGCUUCUUGCCUGACGCUCGUGUGCUACCUGUGCCAUCUCCUUAACCGAAACUGCUGGCAAUUUAAUACAUGACAAAAGAUUUUCAAAAAGUGUAGUGAUUCUGAAUGAUUUAAGUGAAAGUGUAAACUAUAUUCAUUCACCACAGCCAUUGUCAGAUGAUAUAAUAACUAUUUUAAAAAAAACUUUGUGCUAAUCAUAGUGUAAUGGCUAUUAUGUUACCUAUAAAUGUGAAAAUCUAAGCGUAAUGAUGUAGUACAUGUAAACAUGUACUAAACUUCAAUUCGCAUUUUAAAAUUUCCUCGGUUUGUGUCACUGAUAAAUUUUUACCCUAGUAUCUUACUUUCCCUUGCUGAGAUUUUGCAAAAACUAAAACAAAAAAUUCGUUGUUCUUUCUCAAAAGAAAGUACAAGGCUACACCGAUAGGGCGCUAAGAUUUUCAUUCAAAAAAAUCCCUCUCUAAAUUACGAGACCAGUUUGGCGUGUAUCUAUUUUUCCGGGAGACUGAAAACUCGCGAAUAUUGUACCCAUUUUCAAGAAGGAAAGAGAGACUUUGUGGAGAAUUACAGCCCUAUUUCCCUUCUCUCUGUCAUCUACAGUAAAAGUUCUCGAGCGCUGUGUUCUGGCGGGUCUACGAGAUCAUAUAUUCCACCUUAUCAGUCACGAACAGCAUGGCUUUUAGCUGGUAGAUCUUGUGUGACUCAGCUCACCAGUGUCCUACAUUACAUUGGCGGUCAACUCGACGCCGUUAAACAAAUAGACAUUAUAUAUCUUGACAUGAGUAAGGCAUUCGACAAAGUGGAUCACACCAAGUUACUUUUGGAAGGUUGCACCAAUACAGCAUUACUGGCAAACGUCACGACUGGUUCCGUUCAUGCUUACAGGGACGCAAGCAACAGGUUACGAUUCUCGGAGCCACUUCCCGAGAAUUGUCGGCUUCAUCAGGGGUACCACAAGAGUCCCUACUAGGGCCGAUAUUGUUUCUGUUGUUUGUGGAUGGUCUACCAAACACUGUUAAGACAUCGAGAGUUGCCUGUUAUGCCGAUGAUACUAAGAAUUUCAAGAGCAUUGAUUCCAUCACAGACUGUUAUGCCUUGCAAUCUGAUCGCAACGAUCUUGUCGGUUGGUCUGAAUCACCUGGGCUCAUAUUUAAUCAGUCCAAGUGUAAAUACCAGUGUAUCACCUGCAAAAAAUCACCCGUACAGCCCACCUAAAUUAUCAACGAGACGCCUUUGGAAUCUUGCGAUACAGAGAAAGACCUUGGUGUGUGGGUGUCAAGUAAUCUUACCUCGGACAAACAGGUGACUGAGCAGUGUGCGAAAGCCACUAAACUCCUCAGCUUUGUUCGCCGAGCUUCUAGGUACAUCCAAAGCACCCAAGCGCGUCGUACACUUUAUCUUUCUAUCGUCCGGUGCCAUCUCGGCUAUGCAACCCAAGUAUGGUCGCCACAGUCCAUUAGCUUACUAAAGCGAGUUGAAAACGUGCAGCUCCGUGCAACAAAACUAAUUUUGAAGCUUCUCUUCCGUUGCGAUGUAACCUAUAAGACCCGCCUCCAAGUAAUAAAUCUGUUACCUAUCUCAUACUGGCAUGAAUUUUUGGAUAUAGUCUUUUUCUAUAAAGCUGUUGAUAACUUAGUUCUCAUAGAUAGUGAAGUUCUGCCUGCAACUAGACAAUCAACGAGAUCUACCAGGUCAUCGAGCACCAAUGCUAUCACUUAUAUCCCUAAGCGAAGUAGAACUGUUACUUAUCAACUAUUUUUCAUACGCGCGUGCCGCACAUGGAAUGUUCUGCCUGUUGAGUUACGCGCAAGUCACAUCUCUCUAGCCUCAUUUAAGCGUUCCCUAUUUCAAUAUUACAAUAAGGCGCUAGACCUGAACGACGUUGACGACAUCAGAACCUGGAGAACAAUCUGUCCCAGGUGCAACAUAGCGAGGACUCUCCUGUUGUAUUCUAGUUAGGCGAAGCUAAAUAAAUAAAUAAAUAAAUAAAUAAAUAAAUCAGCCCUUUUUAACCGAAUCACGCUGAUUCUUCAAGUUCUCUUGUAACAUUUCAAAUGAUUUAAUGCUACAAGGGGCGUGGCCUGCCACCAGCUUCUCAAGUAAGGGACUCAAUGGCAUAACCUCAAGAGUUUUGCACAAUCGGCAAAGACCAAAAUAUAUUUCCUGGGGGUAUUAAUACCCGGUUAAAAAGCCAAAGGGAAAUCUUGUACAAAAUCUUGAAACGAAGAGACUGCUGGCGCUGGCUUUAAGGGGAGUUGUUCAGCGCUAAUGCUGCUAAGGGAGAAGUGGUUGAGGUGUGAAUUAACCUGCGAUCAGGCAGUCCUUCUUUCUUUUUUGUUUUAGAGGCGAGGGGAAAAGGAAGCCGUUCCUUUUUCCCCUUUCCCCGAAAAAAAAGCGUGAUCGCGCGUUCCUUGUGAAUAUUAAUAGGCUAAAGAAGAAUCGAAAGGGAAGAGGACUUGAUCGCAGUCUAUACUAAAAUACCUCGGCCCGCACUUCGAAAUAACAGACCGUCGUGCUUUGUUAUAAAAAAAGCUGGAAAGAUUUUUUUGGAUACGUAGUUAAGUCCGAGGAAUAAGAUGAUGUCUUCCAAAUCUUCAAGGGUAAAGUCAUAGGCCACCUUGUGGACAUAUGUGUCUAUAGGAUGGAUGCUCUGUCUGUUCUCUAGAAGAAUCAUUUGAGUUCUACUGGAGCUCCCAAAUAAACACAGAACUUUACCAAAAUCGACCAGGAGAAACGUAAAAUCAAACAAAUUUGCAUUUUAAACCCCAAGUCUAUCAGAUUAAUUAUGUAAGCGUUGAUUUACGUCAUCAGUAUGGAAUUUACGUCACUGAGACGUAGACGUUCCUCCUGGCAAAACGUGCUGAGCGGCGAGGAACGAAGAGAAACGGCUGUUUUCGCAGGCUAGCCUGUCCCGUCUGCCUGUAUGUCUAUCUGCCUAUAUCUAUCUCUCUGACUAUGACCAAGGAUUGACACAGUCGAUCAGGAGCGCGGGCUGUUUGAUUCCCAGGUGUGACCUACUCGAUACUUUUUUCGGCUUCUUUCCUUUCCGCGGAGCAUAAAGUAGCUUUUAAUACCCGUUUGAAAAAGAAGCACCUGAUGGAGGGGGGUGGUAAAAUAAGCGCACGGCUCGCGCAGCCUCAGCUUAGUCAGUUUAUUGUUUAUGUGCUAUUUAACAAUUAUUCUUUAAAAUCGAGGUGAAUAGUGGCUAAAUAUUUACCGAGCCGCGAAAGCGGCGAGGUAAAUAUUCCCAAAGCCACUGUUCACCGAGAUUGAAAAGAAUAAUUGUUUUAGUACAUACACACGAAAUGAUCUCAACAAAAUAAGAGAGGAAACCAUUAAAAAGUACGAUUUGAUAGAUCAAACAUGGCAAUUCACAAGUUAAUCAUUUCGCAAACAACAGCGUAAUGGCUUAAAUGGAACCGCUAAAAGUUUGAAUUGUUUCCUCACCUGAGAAGAAAAGUAGAGCUUUGUUGUUUUCUGUUGACUCGCCAAGUUUAUAGCCAAAAGGGUUUGUUGUGUCGUUCUUCGCAUGAAGUGCUGACAAAAAUAGUGGCUCGGUUGCUCGAGGUAAGACGUCGUCUUCCUGUAUCAUUCUUUUUCCUGUUUACUUGAAACGUACAAUUUCUGCAAACAUUUCCUUUUAAAUUUGUUUGUCAUAAAUAAACUUCGAUUUUUUGAGCCAAAAUUUUCUUGUUAGAAAACGUUGAGUUCACGAAACGGCUUCUUCUACGCGAAUACACGGGAGUUGUAAACAAUCCAUUGAGCACCAAACUCAGCUACAGAGCUGAAAAACGCCGUAUUGAAUCGUUCCAAGUCUUUUCUUUCCUUAAGAAAAGUCAGUUCUAAGAUUUUGUCGACUUUUAAAAGAUCGUUCUCUAAAAAAAGUGGGGAAAACACCGAGCUAACACAUUAUUCACUCGCUAGGGCGUGAAUAUUGUUGAAUAGUCCGAGAUAGCGAACCAAUCAGAUUGCUUAAAUCACCAAGAUCGCUGAGUGUGUAUAUACUAAUACGAGUUACCGACCUUUCACAAACUGAUUGGGUCUUCCUCCAUCCGUUCGUGCGUCAAUAGGGAGCUUGUUAAACAAGUGACAACGAGGCGACGGCUACGAAAACGUCAUUUAAAAAGUGAAGUCGCGCUGCCUCAAACCUUAUCGCGCUUAUUGUAUCUCUUUCAGUUGGUCAAAUGUUGGCAGUUUUUUCUGGAGUUGAAUUCUAAAACACUGCAUUGAAGAUGAUCAGGAAAUUAAAGAAACCAAACUCGUUGUCUUGUGUUCACAUUCUCAACAAAACGUGAAAUUAGGCAUUUUCACGUCGUAGUCGUGCAGUGACGGCAAAGAAAUGUACGUGAUGCUUGUGCAGAGUUGUUGUUUUGCCGAUCUAAACCUGUAACUCUUUUUUGCCGUUCUCGUUGACGUCGCCGUCGUCGUUGCUUUAGCUCCCUCUGUAUAUUAAUUUGCCCCAACCCCUCCCCCCCUCCCACCCUUUUCGCAAACUCCUGUUGAUGCAUUUUGUUACUGACUCUAGAAGUAAGGGCUAGAGCAACUGACUGCAGAUGUAUAAUAUUACUUUUAUUAGUUUUUUCCCUCCGCCAAAAGCCUACCAAGCCACAGGUACUGAUUCAUCUACUAGAACCAAUUAGUGAUUCCGACUAAGCCUUUAAAAUAGUCCUUAAAUAUCAAGUGCCCAAGGCCGUGAAAUACUGGUCCUUAUUAUUUAAACAUCAAUGAAAUACCAGGUGAGCUUUCGCGCGAAAACAUGACUUAUGUGGGUUGACAACAUUAACGUUAACUAUUUUUUGAUGAGUUCCUCAAGCGAUUAAUUCACGCGUUAGUGGCACAACUCAUAAACAGAUGUUUGUGUUGGCUUCCGGCCGCCAUAUUUGUGUCACUCAAAGGGACACCAACAUGGCGUCUCCAUACAAAACUUUACAAAUUUGGGUAAAACGUUUUCCGAAUAUCUGGCGAGGCUUUUUGUAUAUUUAUCUUCUUUCAUUUCCUAGAUUCUGGACUUCCUGUAUUGAAUAGUUUGCAUUUUUAUCUUUGAUGGCGUGACAGUGAAAACAUGAAAAUGAUUUUCCGGCUCCCUCUUCGUGCGAGCGUGUCCUCUCCGCAGCCAAAACGCCACUGAUAAAAAUGAAUGUACUGGUACAGUGGAAUGGUAGUUCCUAGCAAAGUGAUUAUUUUUAGUACAUGUGAAGACAUUGAACGGAGGAAAGGCUUCAUAUGUAGAAAGGAUAACCUGGCCUCGUUACCUGUUAUAAUUCAGAAUGAAUGUCGCGUGUGGAUUUUUGAGCUCUGCAAAGUGAUCCAGUCCAAGUAUUUAGGUGACGAUAAAAAUUGCGACAGCCAACAGUUCAUGCUUUCUGGAGAGCAGAAAAAAAGGUUCCCAUUCUCGUUCUCAGAGCUUGGAUCCUUUUGGUCAGUGUCAGGGAUCGACUCUGACCGAAGAUCGAAGGUCUGGGAACCAGAAUGAACAGUUCUAAGAAAAACAGGAUAUUACGUCAAAAUGUCAAACAAUGCAAAAGGCUCUGUUUGAUUGAGGGGUCAGAAGGCAUUACGAAGGAUAAUAUCUCCAACAACAAGCUUUAUAGAGUAUUUCAAACUCACUUCCGAACUCUGAUUUACAUGGAUAUAAAGACCGUGCUGGACAAUCUUCAUGAUGAAGUAUCCUGUUCUAUGUGUAUGUGUACAUUCACUGAUCCAAAGCAGUUGCCUUGUUUGCACAGUUUCUGUCUUCACUGCCUCAAAGGAAUUCAACAAAAGAGCGGCCUCCAUGGCAAAAUUACAUGCCCCGAGUGUAAAAGACAGUUUGAGAUCCCUGGAAGUGGAAAUCCCAGCGAACUUCCAACCAAUGUUCGUAUCAACAGUUUGCUAGAUGUCUUAACAAUUAAAGAGUGCAGUACAGCUAACGUGAAAUGCGGAAAUUGCGACAAGCGGAGUGCCCAGACCUUAUAUUGCUUCCAGUGUUGUUCUUUCUGGUGCAAGCAAUGUAUUUUAGGACAUAACAUAAUACGCACCAAUAAAGAACACAAAACGCUGGUACUGAAUGAUUUUCAAGAUCAAGACUUCGAGGCUGUGUUAAAGCAACCAGCAAUUUGUCAGAAGAAACAUCAUGAAAGAGAAGAACUGAAGUUCUUUUGCAAGGACUGUAAAGUCGCCAUUUGCAACACUUGCGCUGUAACGCUUCAUGAAGGUCAUGGUAAGAUGCACUUGCAAGAAGCGGCAGAUGCGCGCAAGAUACAGAUCAACUCCGUGAUUACUUCCUUGAAAGAUAAAAUGGUGGAAAAAAGAAAGGAAGUCGAACAAUUCAACCAAAAGAGCAUGGAAGUGCAAGCACAAGUAGCCGACGUAAAAAGCCAAGUGCAAACGAAUGUAGACCAAAUGAUUGCAAUCAUUGAAGCGAGGAAACAGAAUGUUUUUGAUGUGGUCGAUUAUGAAGCGAAAAUAUCACUUCAAUCACUUUCACAGAAAAAAGACGAAGUUGAAAAUCAAGUGAAAAUAAUUGAAUCAGCAAUUGAACAAGCUGAAUCUUUGAUGAAACGAAACUUUAGUACAGAAAUUCUUGGAUUCAGAGAAACAUUUGAUGCAAUCCUACAGGAACAGGGGACCCAAGGAAACCGUGACACUGAAUUUAUUCCUCGGUUUAGUUUCACUAAAAGAGAAAAACUGAUUAACGUGUUGAACAGUGAAGGUAUAGGUAAUGUAAAAAUUGUUUUUAGUGAAUCUAAAGUGCAAAAAUUAGGGGUUAAACGCACGGCAAGCAGUGAAGCAAUUGCUGGGAAUAAAAGGCCAAAUGUUCGUGACAGUCCUCUUGAGGCUCGGGUACAGACCAAGCGUUACAUUCCUGUGCUAUCAUUUGGACGAGAAGGUAAGUCUGCUGGAAUGCUUAAAGGGCCCUCGGGGGUGGCAGUGAAUGAUCGUGAUGAAAUUGCUGUCACUGAACUCUGGAACAACAGGAUUUCACUGUUUAGUAGCGACGGUACCCACUUAAGAUCGUUUGGUAGGAAGGGUGAGAAUAAUAGUGAGUUUAAUGCACCUUCAGGGAUCGCUUUUGAUAGUCUUGGUAAUAUUAUAGUGACAGACUGUAAAACCCACAGGGUUCAAGUCUUUGAUAGAAAUGGUAAGUUUCUUCGUAAGUUUGGUGAAUAUGGAAGUCUUGAUCACCAGCUUACUUAUCCUGAAGGUUUAUCAAUAAAUGGCAACGGUGAUAUUAUUGUUGCUGAUAGAACUAACAAAUUAAUCAAGAUAUUCUCUUCCACUGGAGAGUAUUUACGAAAAUUUGGUAGAGCAGGUUCUUUGGUCAGUCCCUAUCACUGUAUCCAACACGGUCAAUAUCUGAUAGUCUCAGACUAUGGUGAUGAUUCUAUUAAAAUGUUUGAUCUCGAAGGAAAGUUUAUUUCUAAAUUUGGAAAGCAGGGGGAAAAGGAUGGAGAGUUCAAUAAGCCCCGUUAUUUGUCAGUUAACAAACAAGGAUUGCUAAUGGUCUGUGAUUCAUUCAAUCACAGAGUUCAGUUAUUUGAACUUAGUGGAAAGUUUGUUACAAAGUUUGGAAAUGAAGGUAGCGAGAGAGGAGAGUUUAAUUAUCCAGUUUCUACAGCAAAUCUUAGUGAUGGGAGGAUAGUUGUGAGUGAUGAGGAUAACCAUCGAAUCCAGAUAUUUGACCAAAUAUGAUAUGAUCUCAUCCUUAGAAAUGCAAUUCAAGUGUGAUUUCCUAUUGAUCUACAAUAUCGCUCAUGUUUUCGGAAUGAAAACAGUUUUUACGUGGUCUCUUGAUCUUUCUUGCAUAAUACAGUAAAAACCUGCGACUAAGAACCUGUUGGGCUAAAAUUUGACUGUUAGGCCACCUCUAUACAAGACCGACUUGUUAAGCCUAAAAUUUAAAAAACGUUCUUUGGCUAAUUAAAAUCUAUAAACAUAAAUUCUGAAUACUGGGGCAAAAAAGGUAAGUCAACAUUCAGGAUCCUCUUUAAAGAUAUUAGGUGCCUUAUUACUAAAACUACGAUUGUCAUAAAAGGUAUGGUGAACAAAUUACUUAAGGAACAAGGUGAAUACCACUAAAUACUCGUAGCUACAAUAUUUUUUUUUCUUAAGAAAAUAACAUCCUAUUUAAGAACCUAAGGGGCCUAAAUUUGUGCUAUUUACCAUUUAUGUAAGAACCUGUUUAGGCUACCUUGGGCCAGAAAAUGCAGGUUCUUCGGGCAGGUGUUUACUGAAGGAUACAACUCUUGUUGUUGCUGGUUUCUCUUAGUUGACUUUACUCAUAUUAUUACACACUGUAACAGUUCGUAAAGAGUAGGGGACGUAGUCCCCGGUGUGGUGAUCUAUCUCUCAUGGGGGGAGGGACUUUACGGGCCCGCAGUAAUUGGCGUCAUGCUGUUGCGGUGACCCUGCCAAUAGUUGGCGAAUCUAAUAAAAUAAAAUAAAAUGUAAAAACUAAAAACUUGGAAUUGCGGGUCAGUGGCCCGUUUCUCGAAAGUCCCGAGAAUGUUUCGGACCUUAAAAGCUGUUUUAUGCUUGCUGUGUUUGCAUUUAAGAUCAAAGUGUCAAUGACUUUGAAGAUGAUGUCAUGAAAGUAUAAGUUAACAAAGCAAAAUUGACCGGUUUGUGAACUCGGACUGAACUGUGCUGCUAUAAAUUCAACAGGUUUAGAUUUCAAAAAAUUUUUGGACCCAAAAAGUUACCAGGCCUUUCGAGAAACGGGCUGCAAGAGUGUUCAACUGGUAGAUAUAUUUUACUGGAGGGUUUUCAUUUUUAAUACAUUUUAACUUGUUCAAUAGCUAAACCAGCCUGUGGUUCACAUCUUUGUACUAAGCUGCGCAGUCAGAAGUUGUCCAGUUUCAGGCUUUUUACUUACUUUUCUAGUAAUAUUAAAUGGUAGACUUGAUACUUUCAAACGAGCACAAAGUUUGUCCGAUGCGUUUUAGUGUGUAUCAUUUUUUGAUCUACUUAUUAAACAAUGGACCAGUGUAUUUGUUUUAAUUUGUAGUUUCUUGUAUCAUGUGUGCCAAUAUGUAGAACAAUAGAGUGCGAAUAAUCGUUUAAUUUUCUCCAGAGAAUCAGUAGGGUACUAGCGGCGAGUUGCAAGUCAUGAGACGUGAGAAUCGAGUAAGAUCAGUCUUCUCGGCCGAUGUUUUCGCUUCUUGCCUGACGCUCGUGUGCUAUAAGUUCUAUCGCCUUAACUUUUGACUGAAAGUUAGAAACUGCUGGCAAUUUAAUACAUGACAAAAGAUUUUUAAAAUGUGUAGAUUCUGAUUGUUUCCAGUUAGUGUGAAAAUUAUAAGCCACUACCGCCAUUGUCAUAUAAUGUAUACUAAGAACUAUUUAAAAAUACUUUGUAUUAAUGGUAGUGUAAUGGCUAUUAUGCUAUAAAUGUUAGAAUCUAAGCGUAAUGAUGUAAUACAUGUAAGUUUGUAAUAAACUUCAAUUCGCAUUUGAAAAUUUGCUUGGUUUGUCUCACUGAUAAAUUUCUACCCCAGCGUCUUAAUUGCCCUUACACAUUUCAGAGAUUUUGCAAAAACAAAAACAAAAAUUCCUUGUACUUUCUUAAACGAAAUUACACCUAGAUAAGGCGGCAUAACCUGGACAGUUUUGCACAAUCGGCAAAGACCAAAAUAUUAAUCCUUAGGGUGUUAAUCCGCGGUUAGAAAGCCAAAGGGAAAUCCGGUACAAAAUCUUAAAGCGAAGAGUCUGCUGGCACGGGCUUUAAGGGACGUCGUUCAAUGAUAAUGCUUGGCAAGAGUGGCGUGGUUGAUGUGAGAAUUAACCGGCGAUCAGGUGGUCCUUCUACCCUUUUUUUUUUGGAGGCGAGGGGAAAAGGACGUCGUUCUUUUUUUUCCCUUUUCCCGUGAAUUUGUUAAAGAAGAAAGGGAAGAGGACUUCAUCGCAGUCUAUAAUGAAAUACCUCGGCCUGUACUUCGAAAUGACAGACCGGUACCGUCACGCUUUGUUAUAAAAAAAGCUGGAAAAUUAUUUUUGGAUAUGUAGUUAAGUCCGAGGAAUAGAAUGAUGUCUUCCAGAUCUACAAGGGUAAAGUCAUCAGCCUCCUUGUGGACAUAUGUGUCUAUAUAGGAUGAAUGCUCUGUCUGUUAAUUAGAAUAAAUAAAUAGCAAUUUGAAUAUAACAAUAUAUCCUUCUCUAGAAGAAGCAUUUGAGUUCUGCUGGAGCUCGUUCGCAAAUAAACACAAAACUUUACCAAAAUCGACCAGGGGAAACAUAAAAUCGAACAAAUUUGCAUUUUAAACCCCAAGUCUACCAGAUUAAUUAUGUAAACAUUGAUUUACGUCAUCAGUAUGGAAUGUAUGUCGUUGAGACGCUGACGUUCCUCCUGGCAAAACGUCCUGAGCGGCGAGGAAUGAAGAGAAACGGCUGUUUUUGCAGGCUAGCCUGUCCCGUGUGCUUGUCUGUCUAUCUGCCUAUCUCUCUCUCUGACCAGGACAAAGGAUUAACACAGACGAUCAGGAGCCCGGGCUGUUUGAUUCCCAGGUUUUUUUCGGCUUCUUUUCUUUCCGUGAAGCUUAAAGUAGCUUUUAAUACCCGUCUGAAAAAGAAGCACCUGAUGGAGGAGGGUGGUAAAAUGAGCGCACGGCUCGCGAAGCCUUAGGAUAGUCUAAUUGUUUUCUUAUACAAUGUUACCGUCACACGGAACACAUCCUGUUUGACAUUGCCCUCAGAAAUCAUGCGCUUGCAAUCUACAGAUUAGUCAGUUACCUGCUUGCAGAAAACUGGCAAAUCAGUCCUGUAGGUUGCGCUGAUUUCCAAAAUUAACUCUAGAGUCCUUAGCCAAUGAAAAGACAGAUAAUGAGUACAAUCUCCAAUAAACCUUACAAAUGAUUUUCCGGCUCCUUUUUCGUCGUGUGUGUUCCCUCUUCCCAGUCCCUUCUCAAAAAUUCAAAAUACACUCGGACAUGAAUGGUACACUGGUAUACAUAGCAGUACCAAGAGACCAUAACUCCUGGUGACACAGUAUACUGAAGUGGCAUGGCCUAUAUGUGGUAUCAUCUCCUAUUAACAAAGUGACAGUGUUUAAUACAAGUGAUAUUUUAAAAACAAGACACACAGAACAAAGGAAAUCGAAAGGAAAGACUUCACGUCGCAGGGGCGGAUCCAGGAGUCCGGGACAAUUCUUAGCUGAGGGGGUACGCUACUAAGGAAUAGCGUAACUAACUGGUGGCGUAAACAAAUACCAGUUGUAUUAGAAAGCCGCAGGUCAUCUCGGAAGAGGGGGAGCGCACCCCCUGCACCCUCCCUCUAGAUCUGCCCCUGCAUCUAGAAAGAAUAGCUUCGGUUCGUUAGGUGUAUUGUACUUCAACGAAUGUCGUGUGUGGAGUUUUGACCGCUGCAAAGGGAUCUGUCUUAGUAAAGUAAUAAAAAAUAAAAACGCGACAGUCAACUAGUUCAUGCUUUGCAGCGCGGAUCAACAGAAUAUUACGUCAAAAUGUCAAAAACUACAAGGGACUCUGUUUAAUUGGUUGAUAAAAUUAUAAUAUUUUAUGCUUAGUCUGGGUCAGAAGGCAUACAGCAAAUAGGUGGGGUUCUUUCAAAACGCCGCUCCUUAUCAAAUCGUUAACAACAAGCUUGCAGUAAUCCAACUUUUAGUAACCUUUGUUCCCGACCUUUUUCAUGGAUCUAAAGACCUUGCUGGACAAUCUUCAUGAUGAGGUAUCCUGUUCUGUGUGUAUGUGUACAUACACUGAUCCAAAGCAGUUGCCUUGUUUGAAUUCAACGAAUUACGAGCGGCGUCCUUGGCAAAAUAACAUGCCCCGAGUGCACAAAACAGUUUCAAAUCCCUGGAACUGGAAAUCCCAGCGAACUUCCCACCAAUUUUCGUAUCAAUAG